AUGGAGGAGUUUAUUCAGAAGCUGCCAGAUCUAGAUGUCAGCCGCUACGUCAGAAACAUGUCCACCCCUGUGUUAGUCAGCAUGGGGGCCGUGGUUGCUGCGACAACCUAUUACCUGGCAACACGACCCAAGCCCCUCCCACUGGUCUGUGACCUCCAGAUGCAGUCAGUUGAGGUUCAGGUAAUUGAGCAAGCAGAGAAUCUGGGUUCUGCAUUUCUUCACAAAGGAAACAGCAAGACCGCCGACUCUCACAUCGGCAUAUUCUCUCAGAACAGACCAGAGUGGACCAUCAGUGAGCUGGCGUGUUACACCUAUUCUCUGGUGUCAGUCCCUCUGUAUGACACGCUGGGAACGGAGGCCAUCGGCUAUAUUAUAGACAAAGCUUCUAUCUCAACUAUAGUGUGCGAUGUGACGGAUAAAGUCAAUCUAGUGCUGGACUGCAUUAACAACAUGAAACACAGUGUGAGAACCAUUGUUCUAAUGGAGAGCCCGAACACCAGCCUGAUCGAACGGGGACAGCAGGCUGGAAUCCACAUCCUCAGCCUGCAGGAGAUGAUGGCCAUAGGGAAGGCCAACCACCAGGAACCACUGCCCCCUCAGCCCAAGGACAUGGCAGUCAUCUGCUUUACCAGUGGAACAACAGGAAAACCAAAGGGAGCUAUGUUGACACAUGGGAAUAUCGUCUCCAACUGCUCAGCUGUCAUCAAGGUUACAGGGACCACCUGUCCAGUGCUUCCCAGUGAUAUCCAUUUGUCCUAUCUGCCCCUGGCUCACAUGUUUGAGAGGGUCGUGCAGGGAGUCAUGUUGAUGCACGGAGCCAGGAUUGGUUAUUUCCAGGGAGAUAUUCGUCGACUGUCAGAUGACAUGAAGGCGCUGAAGCCUACCGUGUUCCCCGUGGUUCCACGACUCUUAAACAGAAUGUAUGAUAAGAUCUUCGGUCUGGCCAACUCACCCUGGAAGCGCUGGCUGCUGGAAUUUGCCUUCAAGAGGAAGCAUUCCGAGAUCAUGAAAGGCAUCAUCAGGAAAGACAGUAUAUGGGAUAAGCUCAUCUUCAACAGGGUCCAGGCCAGUCUUGGUGGCUGUGUGCGUCUCAUGAUAACAGGAGCUGCUCCCAUAUCUCCAGUUGUUCUCACCUUCCUCAGAGCUGCACUAGGCUGUCAGUUCUAUGAAGGCUACGGACAAACCGAGUGCACUGCAGGUUGCACAGUAACCAUGCCUGGAGACUGCACUGCAGGUCACGUUGGAGCUCCUCUGCCCUGUAACACAGUUAAACUGGUGGAUGUACCCGAGAUGAACUACCUGGCUGAAAAUGGAGAGGGAGAGGUGUGCGUGAAGGGCGCCAACGUAUUCCAAGGCUAUCUAAAUGACCCAGAGAGAACAGCAGAGACCAUCGAUGCAGAUGGGUGGGUCCACACGGGAGACAUUGGGAAAUGGCUUCCGAAUGGCACCCUGAAGAUCGUGGACAGAAAGAAGCACAUCUUUAAGCUGGCACAGGGCGAGUACAUUGCUCCUGAGAAGAUAGAGAACAUCUACAUGAGGAGUGAUGCGGUGGCGCAGGUAUUUGUGCAUGGAGACAGUCUGCAGGCGUGUCUGGUAGCAGUGGUGGUUCCUGACCCCGACUUCCUGUCUGACUGGACCAAGAGGACGCUGGGAUUGCAGGGCAGCUACCUGGAACUAUGUGGCAGAGCGGAAGUUAAAGCAGCCAUCUUGGAAGACAUGCUAAGGCUGGGCAAGGCAGGAGGCCUCAAGUCCUUUGAGCAGGUAAAAGCCAUCUGCAUUCACACCGAGCUGUUCUCCAUCGAGAACGACCUGCUCACUCCAACAAUGAAGGCCAAGAGGAACGAACUGCGCCAGUACUUCAGAUCCCAGAUCGACGAGUUAUACGCUGGGAUCAAAAUGUAGAAGGACAAGUGGAGAGCGGGAGGGAAGAAUAGGCGGCAGCUCCUCUAAUGGUGCUUUAGAUUCAAUUAAAAGGGGAAAAAAUAAGCGAGGUACAAGCUGAAGCACACAACAGAAAGCAAAUGAAUGAGACCCUCUGAGGCCAUCAUCACAGGCCUGUACUACAAAGCAGGUUAUCUUUUUAUAACUGGCUUAAUUAAAAGUAACAACUACUUUCACACACACAAUAGUGCUUAUCAAAUCAGUAAUGUGAUUUUAUGGACAUAGACAAAGACAAGGACACUACAGUACAAACCCUGAGGACUCGCUUUAAUUCUCACGGCCAAACAACACGAUUGUCGUGCUCAA